UUCUGGAAUGUGCGUGCGUGACGUCAGCUCGUUGAAACCAUAGCUCACGUGUGUGUUGGUGCUGCGUACAUUUAGUGUUUGUGUAUUGUACUCUGUUUUGUUUUUAGUGUCAAAUGGAUAACCAAUUUUCUGGAUAAUUGUGAUGUGAAAAAUGAUUCGAGUUCAACUCUCCGUGUGGCUGGUCCUGCUGGUCUUCGCGCCACCGGGGUUCACAGAUAAUUUAGCACUGUUGUCUGGCACGCUGAGGACGUUCCAGAGAGCAGCCUGUGACGACCAAGUGGUCGUGCUGAAGUGUCCGGACAGUACCAGCAUCAGUGUCCAGGUCGCCCAGUAUGGCAAGUCUGCUGAUGCACUGGCCGCUCUGUGUCCAGAUCCAGCCAAUCCACACAACGAUGUUGUCAACACUACUUGCCUUUGGCCAAACGCGCUACAGUACUCUUUGUUGCAGACGGUAGUUGAAGCUUGUCAGAAGAAGCGACAAUGCAAGUUCCAAACCUCUCCUAAGACAUUUGGCGGUGACCCGUGCCCUGGCACCAGGAAAUAUGUCGAGAUUGCCUACAAGUGUAGACCAAACGAGUUUCGUAGCAGAGUUGCUUGUGAGAACGAGGUGCUCCAGCUCACCUGCAACCCCAACACAAGACUUGCCGUCUACUCAGCGAGCUUCGGCCGCACGGAGUACGAGAGCUUCGCAUGUCCGCAGCCGCAGGGCGUCAGAGAGGAGACUUGCCUGGUGAGCUACGCGACGGAGACUGUCAUGCAGAUUUGUCACGGCAAGAGGUCCUGUUCCUUGUCAGCUGAUUCCGCCACCUUCGGCAACCCCUGCCACCACCAGUCACGCAUGUACCUCAAGGUCGUGUACACCUGUGUUCCUCGUACCGUGCUGCGAGAGCAAUACGAAGAGAGGCCUGAGAAGGACGAGACUCUAGACACGCAGGACACAGACAUAGAUGCGUAUGACGUGGUGGAUGACGCACUCAGGGAGAGUAGUGUCUACUCUGCUUCCCCUGUAGGGGGCGCCGACAGACCCGGGGGCGCCAACACGUCUGUGUCCGCGGCGCCCUCUGAGGCGCCACCUAGGUACCACACGUCAGACCCCUCACCUAGAGGUCGGUCCCCCUUCCCCCCCUUGGCGACCCCCCGUCCCCCCACGGAUCUCCAGGGGGACGGGGACCCCCUGGGCUCGGAGCUAGAGCAAGUUACAAACUCCACCGUCUCCCCAUACGCCAACGAGAAAACGCGAGUGAUUGGCUUCAUUUCUGAAUGGAUUCAUACAUACGAUUUCUUAUCUAAAAAUAGAGAGAAGCUGGUGCUGUAUCUGUCAGUGUCCAUCAGCGCUGGUCUGCUCUCUCUGCUGGUGCUGGUCAUCACGAGGUUGCUAUGGCAACGACGUCGUCCGCAGAUACCUCAGUCCACUACGUUGCCCAGCUACGUCGAUGAUCUCAGCGAAGUUGACACGGACAUAGACCUGACAUCCACUGCUCCCGCCACCAUCACUAUUCUGUCCAGUCCACUACCACCAGGGGAGGUGGUAAGAUUCGGCAGCGAGUCCAGCGCUCCCCGCAGCCUGAGCAGGAGCGGCAACAACCAGUACUACUACGGCUGACCCUUGCCUCCGGUGGAGCCGUACCCUGGGCCCCUGGACAGCGAGGGUGUCUACCCUGACAGUUCCAGGAGCUACUGCUUCUAGCAGGAGACCGUGGUGUGACGCCACGGUCAACAGACUACAAGUGAGAUGUGAGACUGUGACAAAACAAACCAGAGCGGAACAGGUUGUCACUACAGUUACAAUAAAGUAACAGUUGCAGUUCCUCAAAACCGUUAAAAGUAACCGUUACUCUCAGCACAAAUACAAAUUUUAGAAAUCAGUUGCUUAUUAAGUUUUACGUAUUUUGUUUGUGAGAAUACCUUAAAUAGGCUUACCUUAUGGCUGCCAAUCUCUUGAUGAGAGGUAAUUGUUCUUGAAACGGGAAUUGAAUCUUUUAACUUGUUUUUAAAUCUAAGGUUUCUUAAAUAUACAUUUUAUAUUCAUCAGUACCUAUUGAAUUUGUAAUCGGGUAGUAGCAUAAGAAAUUACUACCUGUUUAUUUGAGAGUAAAAAUGUUUCAAAGACUAUCACGGUUAAAAACACAUUGCAAGAUACAGAAUUCUUUGAAUGGCUUGGGACAUUUUCGGUGGUUCCUCAUACAAAAUUACCAAACUAUGGUGUCUCUUUGUGUCCAAUUCAAAUUUCAGUAAUUUUGCCAAAAACACAAUAUUUAAGAAAUUUGGUGUAAUUUGAGUACUGCGAUCUAUCUUGAUUGAUUAAAACUCUAAGAAAUUAUACAUUUUAAUUAGGUACACCUAAUCAAUUAUUGUUCUGAUCAAUAAAACCAACUCAAUAACCUUUUGUUACAAUCCGCGUUCCUUUAGGUGAUUAAUUUCGUUUGUAACUGUAGGUACAACAUGUUCUAGCUCAGGAAGCCAAGAGCUAAAUGCUUAUUUUAAAUCAGUGACGAACAUUGACAAUCUAUGAAAAUACCAUGUAUAUUAUUGUAGAUAGAACUUUGAGGUUAACAAAGCAAAUUUGAACAACAAAAGUGAUGGUGCUCAAACGAUGAAAUACUUCAACUGCACAAACAAAUUACGACAUGAAUUAGAUUUGUAUGUACCUUAGACUGAACCCAAUUAGUAGAAGCGUCGCGUCGGUUGCAUAUCUUGUCAAAUGGAAAUUAACGUAAUUGUAAAUUAAACAUAUUACUUUUCAAGAUUUGUUUUGAAUUUUCGUUUACAAAAAGUUUAAAUUCCUUUUUGUUAGAGUUCUAAUGGAGAAAAUCAGUCUUUCUUUGGUAUUCCUUUGUGUAACUCCUUUAUUAUUUACAUAUAAUAUUGAGUCAAAGAUAAAUUUGUCUGUAGUUUGAAAGAAUUAUUUUAGCACUGCAGAAAGAAAAUAUUGACAGUAAGUCAAAGCUGAUUCUUUUUUUUUAAGUAAAAUGAUUUUUUCAUUCAUUUAAGGGAUACAAAUCAUGUAAACUUAAUUUCACGUUAAAUUAACCGAAAUAAGAUCAUCCUAUGUUUAAUUGUUUAAUGUAAUUAUGCUGUUAAAACUAUAUAAGAGCGUAGCGGUGUUAAGAAUAGAUAGCGUUACUAACACACAGUGCCUCGAUAUUGUAAUAUAAUGUAACGUAAUGUAGUGUGAUAAUAUAUAGAAUGUGUACAGUGUAUUUCCGAACA